GCAGCUUUCGCGUGAACAACGUUUCAACGGAGCGCAGUGUUCGGAAGAAAUUCUGAAAAAGUAACCAAAAAAAAAAAACACCAGGAACGUUUUCUAACUGUUUCUGCCGGGAUUGGCUUUCGUGUGUGUAUUUGUGUGAGUGAGCAGCACGCUAUGAAUCCAAUUGACCGCAUUGCGUUUCCAUUUCCGUUUCCGCUUGAGCUCGCGUUCUCUAUAAUCGAUACUUCUGCCUUGGAUGUACGACAUCUGUGACUGUGAUUGUGACUGUUUUGUGCUCCACUUGCUGGAAAAAUAAUACCCACUAAAAAAAAAAUAAAAUAACAAUAAAUAAGGAGAAAUUGAUUAGAGCGAUUCUUAGACAUGUUGAUUGAGCCGACUUUAAACCGUGACCUUGGCUCGCUAACUGUCGCUAAUUCUGGCCUCUCGGCCGCGCACUGGAAAAUGGAGCCCCAUCCCCAACGCAUCACAUCGCUGGCCCCGCACGCUUCCAGUGUUGCGGCGGCAUCCGUGGCAGCAGCGGCAGCAGCAGCAGCAGCAGCGGCAGCGGCGGCGGGAGCGGGAUCCGGCGGCGGUGGAGCGGGAGCGGGAGCGGGAACGGGAGCGGUAUCCACAUCGCCCACAUCUGUGCAAAUAGCAUCCGGCUUUGGCGGCGGCGGCGCCUCUGGCAUUCCAACGGGAGCCGCGGGAGCCACGGGGAGCACCCUCAACAGUCUGAUGUCGCAGCAUCGCCUCCUGGAAUUCUCGCGGUUUGGAGGACUGCGUGGCUACGACAUCGCCCAACACAUGCUCACCCAGCAGGGAGCUGUCUCUAAGUUGCUAGGCUCGCUGCGACCACCGGGCUUAAUUGGUGGCUCAAAGCCGAAGGUGGCCACGCCGACAGUCGUAUCCAAGAUCGAGCAGUACAAGCGCGAGAAUCCGACGAUCUUCGCCUGGGAGAUACGCGAACGCCUCAUCUCCGAAGGUGUCUGCACGAAUGCCACCGCUCCGUCGGUGAGCAGCAUCAAUCGCAUCCUGCGCAACCGCGCCGCCGAGCGGGUGGCCACCGAGUUUGCCCGCACCGCCGCCUACGGGCUCUACCCGCCCCCUCCUCAUCCUUAUGGCAGCUUCACCUGGCAUCCGGCCGGGAAUGUCCCUGGUGGCCAGGGGGUUCCUCCGCCGCCGCCUCCAUCCGCCCUGUGGUCCGUGGCCGCUCCCACGCUCGCCAAUCUGCCGCCCAGUGCCGCCAGUGCGGUUCCACCUGCCAAUUGUGGUUCAUUAAGCUCGGCGCACUUGAUGGGCGGUGGUGCAGCUGGUGGUGGAUCCACCAAUCGGGCGAUCUCUCCAGGUUCUGGCAGCCAUGACACCUUGGAAUCUGCGGAUGAGAACAGGCACAUCGAUUCCGACUAUCUGGAUGACGACGAUGAGCCAAAGUUCAGGCGGAACAGGACCACCUUCAGUCCGGAGCAGCUGGAGGAGCUGGAGAAGGAGUUCGACAAGAGCCACUAUCCGUGUGUCAGCACCAGGGAGAGGCUCUCCAGUCGCACCAGUUUGAGCGAGGCGAGAGUGCAGGUUUGGUUUUCGAAUCGGCGGGCGAAAUGGCGUCGCCACCAGCGCAUGAAUCUCCUGAAGCGCCAGCGCUCGAGUCCCGCCAAUCCCCUGCACUCCCAGCAGUCCAAUGAUGCACCGGCCAGUUCGCCCACGCCCAGUAACCACAGUAGUGCCUCCACCUCCGCUCCAGUGGCUGCGGUGCCGCCUCCACAGCAACCGCUGCCCCUCUGCGGGGAUCACUCGCCACAGGCUCCGCCGCCUUCGGUGAUGCUGCAUCCACUGCACGGACCCCCCGGUGGCCACCAUCACCACCAUCCCCUGCACCUGCCCACUCACCCGGCGGCCCUGCAACUCCUGAGUCACUACCACCAGCAGCAACAGCAGCAGCAGCAGCAACAACAGCAGCAGCAGCAACAUCAGCAGCAGCAACUUUCUCCCACAGGAUGCAAUCCUGCGGCAAGUCAUCUUUCAAUGGGUGGAGAAAGGAGUGCCUUCAGGAGUCUGGUGAGCUCUCCAUCGGCGGCUGCCUUUCUGGGAUUGGCUCGACAAUAUGCAGUGGCUGCUUCGUUAACGGUGGCCGAGGAGCAGCGUUCCAGGUUGCAUUACUCCUCCUCCUCCGGCGGCGGCGGUGGAUUAACCUCAUCGAGUGGCGAGGGAACAGGACUUGCGGGCGGCUCAACCGUGACAACGGUGGACAACUCGUCAUCCGACUCGGAUGAGGAGAUCAACGUGCACGACGAUUCCGAUGGUGAAAUCGAGUCGCCGGCAAAGUUGGCCCGACUGUCAUCCUCCGAUGCGCCGGGCAGCUUGCAGUUCCUAAAGCAUGACCACCGCUAAGGCGGCGGAUCUCUAAUUGAAAACUUGAGUUGUGCGCGCCUCUGUGAUUGACAGCCACUAACAACAACAACAACUAGUAGUAGUAAUAACAACUACUACUGAUGAAAUUGCAACUGCAGCGGCAACUACAACCAGGUGGAGAUUGGUCUGGACUGAAACACGAGAAGCUGACUACAUCGUGGGCAAACAAAUCGAAAAACCAAAGUUAAAAUGCUGCUCACCUACUUGGCUGCGGUUCGGGGUCGUUGAAAAAAAAAAGAAAAACUAUAAUAACAACAACUAAAAACAACAACAAACUAUAGCAGCAACAGCAGCAGCAGCCUAAGAUUAGCUGAAAUUGUAACUAAUACUAUAUGUACGAACACGCUUGUCCCAUUUUUUUUUAAUGCACCUACCUAUUGUACGAGUAUACCCCCAAGUUAUGCAUAAUUACUAUAUAGUACUUGUUCAUUCGCCGGCUGCCGACUUACCUCAUCACCAUUUAAGGCUAUAGCAUAUGCAAUAUAAAUAUAAAUAUAAAUCUAAAUGAUAUAGUUUUAUCCUAGCCAUUAAGCCAAUUUAUUUAUGAAGAGUCUUUUGGUUGCAUUUGAACUGAUAUUUCGUAGGCUAAGUGUUUUUGGCUCAAAUCGAAAGGCAACCAACCUCCCAGUGAGUGAGAAACCAAUAAAAAAGUGCAAGAAAUAAUCCUAAA